AUAAAUAACAAUAUGUUUCAGGAUAAAGCAAACGUUGGUAAUUCAUUAAGUGUUCAACGGAGAUGCUCCAAAUAUUUGUCUUUGCUACCAUGUGCUUUUUAGCCCACGGUCAAACUUUCACGGCAUGCCAGAACGCUACUCAAAUGUACACAGAGAAGGCGUUCGCUUGCGAGGACAAACUGGAUAAAGAGAGCUGCAAAAUAAUUUACCCUGACAAGAACAAUGGGCAAGAGCCAGCUGUUGGCAAUAAUAUUGCUAGACCUGAUGCUUGUUGGUCGAAUGAUAAAGGCAACUCAAAAAAUAAUAAAGCUGUCAAGACUGCUGUGAGUUUGUGUCCAAAGAGAUGUGCAUUGUGCUGCAAAUCAGCCGCGUUUGACUGUGAAGAUAACAACAGAUUUGACUGCUCCAAUGCGAAACAGUAUUGCAAAAACUCAGUGAUGAAAGCUGAGCUGGAUCUGGCAAACAACUGUCCGAAAACGUGUGGAUUGUGCGAGGAGAAAAAUGCAGGAUGUACGGAUUCAGUGGCAGGCUGUGACAAAUCCCUGUGCUAUCACCCGAAUUUUGCGGAUGCAAUGAAGAAACAGUGCAAGAGAACAUGCGGUUUUUGUGAUGAAACAGCAACCACUACUCAAAAUGGAAUUGUUCCUACUUCCGCUUCAAAGGAGGUCACCACAACUAUACCUUGUGGAGCAGACAAGAGAUGUCCGAAGUGGAAGAAUAAUGGGUUCUGUGAGAAUAAACUCUAUACUGAUGAGUACAAGAGGAAAUUCUGUGGCCGACUUUGCAAUAUGUGUUGAGCCCAGACUCAAGCAAACUCAGUUCACUUAUUCAUAAAUUGGUUUGUAAAAGUGUUUGAGUCUAAUGAAUCCAUUGC